CUGCAUCGCCUGUAAAUUGUUGCUUUAAUAAUUUGACGCGAAAUUGAUGAGAUUAAACAUUUGGAUAAUCAAUACGGAUUAUGUAGCCCACAAAUAAGGUAUUUGUGACACUAUUUCACAUUCCUGUAUAGUAUUGAUUUAAAUAUUCUGUCAAGAGACAAUCAUAACAAGACGAGAGUACCUGAAUGCGGAAGUAAUUUCUCUGCUUGUUUUACGGUUGGCUGAGAGAUCUGUCCGUCACUAUCAAGCGAGGCGGGUGAGCUUGGCAAGCAUCGUAAGCAUGUUCGUACUGAAUGGGCUUUAGUGUUUAGCUUGACAAGUUUCCCUGAACCGUCAUGGGGGUAGCACACAGGAGUUAGUUGACAGAUCGGCACAAAAAAGUUCUCAAGAGCCUGUUUUGGGAAUGCUUUGUCAAAUGUAGUCACAUGAGAAUCUUACGACUGGAAGAUUUUUUUAUAGCAUUCUGCACAGGACAACCAGACAACAGCUAAGAGAUGAACAACCUGUCGUUUGACGAUUCUUCGUUGGAUAAUCUGGAUCCAACGCUGUCUCUCAAUGACCCCAGUGAUAUUGACACGGCCCUCCUAAACGACAUUGAUGACAUGCUCCAGCUCCUUAAUAACCAGGAAGUAGAAUUUGGACUCUUUGAUAACCCGCCAUACACCACACCUGCCACCAAUCUGGACCUUUCCUGUAUUACACAGUCAGUAACUUCGUCCACCACCCUUCCCACCACAACUACACGUCCAUCGUCUUCGUCUUCCUCCAUCUUAAGCAGCAGCCCCCAUCUGGAUGCACUCCUGGGCCCUCCCAUCACCCGCAGCUCAUCCACCCCAGACAAAACCUUCCAGCCUGUUACUUUUCAGCAGUCGCCUCUGGCUCAGGUGUCCAGCUCCAUCCCACGGCAGCAGCAGCAGCAGCAGCAGCUGGCAUCCUCGCCGCAAGGUCAGAGUCUCAGACAGCCUAAGGUGGAACCGUCCCAACCCAUUCUGGGUCAGUCUGCUCCCCUCCAGGGAGCUUCAGCUCAUGGAACACCGCUACCAAAGCCUGUGUUCAGCGCUACAAACGCCAAACUUUUCACCUCCCCGGUACCCCAGCCUCAGCCUCCAAACCCGCAACUUCAGAAUCAGACUCUGAACAGAGUCCACAACACCUACAUAGCGACCAGCCCAGGCAAAGUGAGCCAACCCGUCACCGCCUUGUCCUCCUCACCUCCUAAUGUUCAGCCGGUGGCCAUUCAUACACAGCUGCAAGGGUUGACUGCUGCCUCUCCCUUGUUGGCCACGUCGGGAAGCCCACCGGCUCAGACCCUCACACCUCAUGUACAGCAAGUACCUUUGUUACUGCAACCCCAGUUUAUCAAAGCUGAAUCUCUGGUGUUGACCACACUGAAGCAUGACUCCUGCACCCCUGCCCUCGUCACUACAGUGGCCUCCCCCACCUCCCUGGCCACUACCACGCCAGUUCAGAGCACAUCAUUGCAGGCUUUUGUGGGCGGGGGCACCUUCCUAACUACCGUGCCCGUCAUGGUGGAUCCCGAGAAGCUACCCAUUAACCGCAUCAUCAACAACGGCAAGAGCAGCGUCCUCCCAGCGAAAGGAGAAAAGCGCACUGCUCACAACGCCAUUGAGAAGCGCUACCGCUCGUCAAUCAACGACAAAAUCAUGGAGCUCAAAGACUUGGUGGCGGGCACUGAAGCCAAGCUCAACAAGUCUGCAGUGCUGAGAAAAGCCAUCGACUACAUCCGUUACAUGCAGCAAUCCAACCAGAAGCUCAAACGAGAGAACAUGGCACUGAAAAUGGCAGCCCAGAAUAACAAGUCUCUCAAGGACCUCGUUGCCAUGGAGGUGGAUGGACCAGCUGAUGUCAAGACGGAGCUGCCUACCCCACCAGCCUCUGACGUGGGCUCCCCCACUUCCUUCUCACAUUGUGGCAGUGACUCCGAACCAGACAGUCCAAUGGGGGAAGAUACUAAGCCGAACUUGGGCGCGUUGGACCAGUCGUCGUCAGGCAGUGGCGGUGGCGGCAUGUUGGACCGCUCCCGCAUGGCGCUGUGUGCCUUCACCUUCCUCUUCCUUUCCCUCAACCCUUUGUCUACCCUGCUCUGCUCGUCUGGCAGCAGCUCAGCUAGUAAUGCAGCUAGCGCACCCCACCAUUCAGGCAGGAAUGUCCUGGGCUUGGACCUAGCAGCUGACUCGUGGAGCUGGAUGGAUUGGAUGCUACCGACGAUACUGGUGUGGCUUCUGAACGGCAUCUUGGUGUCGGGGGUCCUGAUCCGACUCUUGGUGUACGGAGAGCCUGUAACCAGACCUCAUUCUGGAUCUUCCGUCUUGUUCUGGAGGCACCGCAAGCAGGCAGACCUAGACCUGGCAAGAGGGGAUUUUGCCCAGGCCAGUCAGAACCUUUGGACUUGCCUCAAAGCUCUGGGUCGUCCCUUACCCACCUCCCAAAUGGAUUUGGCCUGUGCCGUGCUGUGGUCCCUCCUCCGCUUCUGCCUCCAGCGCCUCUGGGUGGGCCGCUGGCUGGCAGCCAGGGCUGGAGGGCUGCGAUCCGACCGCCCCCUGCAGGAGGACGCUUGUAAAAGCAGCCGGGACGCCGCCCUCGUUUACCACCGCCUGCACCAGCUACAUAUGACAGGUAAGCUGAACGGUAGCCACCUGUCAGCUGUGCACAUGGCUCUUAGCGCAGUGAACCUGGCAGAGUGCGCUGGAUCUUGUCUGCCUGUCGCCUCGCUGGCUGAGGUCUACGUCUCCGCAGCGCUGAGAGUCAAAGCCAGCCUGCCAAGGAUCCUGCACUUCACCUCUCGGGUUUUCCUGAGUAGUGCGCGCCAGGAGUGCCUGUCAACCAGUGGUAGCGUGCCGCCGGCCAUGCAGUGGCUCUGUGACCCUCUCGGCCACCGUUUCUUCGUGGAUGGAGAUUGGGCCAUUCGCAGCAUCCCGAAAGAGAGCAUCUACAGCCAGGCAGGCAAUACAGUGGACCCUCUGGCUCAGGUGACGCAAGCCUUCAGAGAACACCUGCUGGAGAAGGCUCUUUACUGUGUGGCCCAACCCAAAGGGGAGAAAAGCCCAAGCCAGGGCGAGGGGGAGUAUGCUGAUGCCCUGGAGUAUCUGCAGUUGCUGAUUAGGGCAUCCGAUGCAGCUGGUGCCACAUCUCAAUCCUUUGCUAUUGGCUCCAACAUGGCGACCGUGACGGGCUGUGACCCCCACUCUAAGUGGUGGUCCUCUAUCACCGUGGUGAUCAUCAACUGGCUCCAAGGCGACGACUUGGCUGCGGAGAGGCUGUACCCUACUGUGGAGCACCUGCCGCGCACGCUGCAGAACGUGGAGAGCCUCCUGCCUAAGGCUUGUCUUAACACGUUCCGAGCCGUGCGGGCUCUACUGUCCAAGCCGGAGAACUGCCAGUUGAGUCUGAGCCACAGCGACAGGGCCAGUGCCCUCCUCCGAGAUAGCCUCAACCUUGGCCCGCACUCCCACAGCUCCAGUUUAGACAAGGUUGUCCAACUGCUGCUGUGUGACUUGCUGUUGGUGAUGAGGACCAACGUGUGGCGUCUUCAGCAGCAGGGGCUCAAUGCCGCCGGACUUGGAUCGGUGGGCCCUGGCACGGGUCCCAUGGGAGUCCACCAGGCCUCGCCGCCAGAGCUUCAGGGCUUUCAGCAAGAUCUCAGCUCACUACGCAAGCUGGCUCAGAGCUUUAGGCCGGCCAUGCGAAGAUUGUUCCUCCACGAAGCCACAGCCAGGCUGAUGGCGGGGGCCAGUCCCACGCGCACACAUCAGCUCCUGGACCGCUCGCUGCGAUGCAGGGCGACACCUGGAGCAAAGACAGAGGAAAGCGAGAUGCGCCCGGGCCAGCGCGAGCAGGCGGAGGCAGUGAUGCUGGCGUGCCGCUACCUCCCCCCGUCCUUCCUCUCGGCCCCCGGCCAACGGGUGGGCAUGCUGGCCGACGCGGCCCGCACUCUGGAGAAGCUUGGAGACAAGAGGACCCUCCACGACUGCCAGCAAAUGAUCAUCAAGCUCGGCAGCGGGACCACCGUCACCAACAGCUAAGAGACAGAGGGACACACUGUCCUUGGAUGGCAGGUUCUCCUAAUCAAACUGACCACACUGACUUGUAUUUCUCUCCCGGCAACCCCCACAGAGAAGGCACUUGUUCGGGUUGUACCAUCUAGGAAGUAUUUUUCUCUUUUUAGUGUGAAAGUCCAUUGCAGUGCAACAGUUGACCACAGAGAGGCGCCAUCACAUCCUCUCUCUGGAUGUGCAGCUGAAUGAGUGUAUGUGACAGUGUGUUCUCACUUUUAUUUUUUUUUUUUUUUAGGGGGAAAACGACCACAUUUGGUCAAUCUGCACUAGGCCGUCGAGGCUAAUUUCAAUGAGAUAUGUAAUACGGCUUUAUGAGGUCAUUUUCACGGUUGUAUUGAUGUGUACAUAUUAUGUAUUUAUAAUCUGUAUGGAUUUUGAUUCAGCAGUAUUUUUGCAUAAGUGGGAACGAUAAAUGCUUAUUUUCCUUUAUUCAAGCAGCUACCGAGAAAUGAGCAUGUUAUGUGUCAGAAACUGCGUCAAAGUUGUCAAGGUGACAUUUCGCUGACCUUUUGCAGCGUUGCUAUUAUCAGCUGUCAGCAGUGUCAGUCUUAGCACUCUGCAGGCUAACAUGUCAGAUGCUACACAAUAGCACGUUCAAUUUUCUUACAGAGAAGAGCUCUUGGUUGUCUUCGAACUGUAAAAAAAAAACAAACAAAAAAGAUCAUUUUGGCAUUUUUGUUGUCGGAGCUACUAGUGUGUUUGAAACCAUUGUGUGUGGGUCCUAACAUACUUUCAUCUACAUGUUCCUUUCAUGCCCUAUAAUGUAAAUAUUAAAAACACUUUUUAAAGAAGAUUUGGGGGUUUUCAUGAUUGCAUACUAGGCGAAAAUUAUUAUUAAUUUAAUAGAAUAAUAAAACGUUUCUCUCCAAAUAUAGUUUUUGUGCCAAAACAAAAUAUAUUUAUUGAAUUUAUUAUUUAUAUUUAUUGAAUUAAAUAAUAAAAAAAAUAUUUAAUCCAUACGUUCAAUAUAUAAUUAGAUAUUUAGUAUGUAUGUAAUAUAUAUAAUUAUCAAUAUAUAGUUAAAUAUAUAUUUUAAUUGAAUGUAUUUUUAUUAAAGCCAAUCAAAAUAUGAAUUCAUUGAAAUUCCCACAGGGCUGCAAUGUAUUUGUGGCGGUAGUGGGUGGGGGUGUGGAUGACAUUAUGAGAUUGUUGUAGAGUUGCACUCGCUGCUUUGUUGAGGAGCGAUAUGUAGCGCCAAAUUUAUGGUGGUAUUUCUAAAAAAAAAAUAAAUAAUAAAACGGGGAGGGGGAAACAGACUGCAUUAAGUAAUUAAUAACGUUUAAAUAAAAGGAUAAAUUAUAUAUUUUGUGACCAGUUUCAUCACGGAUUUUAUAUAUUUCAUGGCCUUUUUAAUGAGUAUACUGUAUAUGUACAGUAUUUGGAUUUAAUGGCAUAAGGCAGGAAUCUCAAACUCACUAUACCCGGGGGCCGCUAGGGGUCGUCUCUUGACGUAUUGCGGGACUGCUUCCGGCUUCAAGCAUGCUUUGCGGUACUUGUUUUGUAAUAACUUGCUACAGUUACGUGUUUAGCAUUAACAUAGUUCAAUUAAGCCCACAACAAAAGUUAUCUCAAGGCACUUAACACAUGAAGAAUGUCUGAUAAAUGGAAAGAGAAACCAACUGAACCCCACAUGAGCAAACACUUGGCGACGGAGCCAAGUUUAUUAUUCCCCAUAGAAAGUACUGUAGUAGUUGCCCUAUGUGUGUUUAUUUACCUGUUGCAUGUUGUGCUGUCUGUGACCCCCCCUUUUCAUUCCACUGUACAAGAAGCUCACUGUGAGUUCAGUCAUGGUUUGUAUUUGCCCAAGUAAGUGAAUUUGUCCAACCUUUGUGGGCCGCACCUACACUAGUCUUUGAUGUCAAGUAGGGGGCCACAAAAUAUGGCCGCAGUUUUGAGUCCCCUAAGUGAAAACUUUACAUUUGACCCAAACUGCUCUGGGAAAUGUUGUUUGUUUUUUUGUUUUGCACGUAAACAUUCCAUACACAGUAAGAUGGGCUGCAUUGGUGUGCAAUUAGCAGCCUCCAUUGCUGUUUUGCAGCAUGAGAGGCGGCUAUUGCUUUGCAAGCAGGCCCCGUACUUAUUUAACGGGCUUUUAAAUGAUGGAAUAGUUAAUAAUCAUCACCCCACUCACUACACCUACAUUUAAACUGGGUUCCCCGAUGUGUUGAAGACACGUUGUGAAAAGACAAAACAAAUAACAAAAAAUAAAGAGCAGUCUAAGCAGCAUUGGAAGGUGCUGGUAUAUAUAUAUUUUUUAAACAUCGGCGGUACAAAAAACAUGUCAAACAAAGUGAUGCUGUGUCACCGAGUCCAUGAAAAUAAAGAAAGAAAAAGGCAUGCUCAUAACUUAAAAUGGGCGACAUUUCCCAAAAGAGGAUAUUCAUCAAUGGAUUCUUUUAAUAAUAUUUUAUAAGCAAUAACAUAUUCCAUUUUAUAGAAAAUAAACAUCUCUAGGAAAUACUAUACACAAUUAUUAUUAGUACAUCACAUCUUACAUUUAAACAGCAUCAUCAAAUACUUAUAUACACCAUUAAAUAACGAGCGUCAGAAAAGAAUGAGGCGUUUUUUUUUCUUCUUCUUCUUUUACGCUUGUAAAUAUGUCACCUGGACCAUCGCAUGAGCAGACACCUUGUGCGGGGUGUCGUCACGCAGCGCGGCGCAGUGAGAGGCUACAUUGGAGAUAAACACGUGGUAUGAUUCUCUCAACUGGACAGUCAGUAUACACCAUGGCCAUUUUUGAACACUGUACAGAAGAUAUG